UUCACAAUCAACAUUUAUAAAAAAAUAAUAUUGAUAUUGCACCACCUAUUUUCAAUUUCUAUAAAAUAGGGUUUCAAAUGAAAACAAUGUUUUCCCCUCAAAAGCAAAAGGCAUGUAAGAGCUGUAAGCACAGGAAUUUCAAAGCCUAGAAAGAAAAGUUUAUAAAAAAGAACAAGAAUUUUAUAAAAAAACCAAACAUAAAAAGCUGAAACCCUUCCCAUUGUUGAGAGAUCGAUCAAAAAAACAAACCCCCCAAGAAAAACAAAAGCUAUGAUCAAAGGAAGAGAUGGAAACAGAGGACCUUCUUCUUCUUCUGGUUACUCUGCAGAUUUGCUGGUUUGUUUCCCUCCACGAACCCACUUAGCUCUUACUCCUAAGCCCAUUUCCAGCCCAUCUCGUCCCUCCGACUCCACCACCCGCCGUCCUCACCACCGUCGCCAGCACAGCAAACUCUCCGGCCGCGGAGGAGGAGGAGGACAUGGGAGUCCUGUUUUGUGGGCUAAGCAAGCGAGUAGUAAGAACAGGGGCCGUGACGAGAUAGACGAGCCCACUUCGCCUAAAGUCACCUGCGCCGGUCAGAUCAAAGUCCGGCCGAGUAAAUGCGGCGGGAGAGGAAAGAACUGGCGAUCGGUGAUGGAGGAGAUCGAGAGGAUACAGAGGAGUAAACCCCAGAGCAAGUUUUUUGGAGUGAAGAAAGAUGUGAUGGGGUUCUUGACUUGUCUGAGGAAUAUAAGAUUCGAUUUCAGGUGUUUUGGUGAUUUCAGACAUGCUGAUGUCACUAGCGACGACGAAGAUGAUGACGAUGGAGAAGAAGAAGAAGAAGAAGAGGAUGGAGAGGAGGAGGAUCCGAAGAAUGCUUUCUCCAAAUGGUUUAUGGUGUUACAAGAGGAACAGAGUAACAAGGAUAAGGACAACAACAGCAACAACAACAAGUGCGUUCUUGAAAACUCAGACGCAGAACCGGCGGUUCCGCCGCCGAACGCGCUUUUGCUGAUGAGGUGUAGAUCGGCUCCGGCGAAGAGUUGGCUAGAAGAGAGAAUGCAAGCGAAAACAGAGCAAGAAAACAGAGAGAAACAACAAGAAGAGGAAACAGAGGAAGAUAACAGAGAGAGACAACGAGAAGAGGAAACAGAGGAUCAAGAGAUGAUGAGUAUGAAGAACGAUGAGAAGGAUUUGAGAACACUAGUGGAGGAAGAGAAGAUGGACUUAGUGUUGAUGAGAUACGAUACUGAUUAUUACAAACUCUCUUCAGACAUUGCUAAGGAAACUUGGGUUGUCGGAGGAAAUCAAGAUCCUCUGUCUCGGAGUCGAAGCUGGAGAAGCUAAAUAUUUUACCAUAUCUAUCUUUACUCACCAUUAAUCAUCGUAUUAAGCUUUUUUACUAUUAUUGUUUUUGAUUACCUAUUAAUUAAUCUUGAUACUGUUUUAUGGUUUCUUGGGUUGCAAGGAUUCCCAUGUCUUGUAUCUCAAAUGGUUUGUUUUUUUCUUUUCUUUCUUUGUUUCGUGUAUCACGAGUAUUGUGAUGUAACACAAAUAUGUACAUGAUUUUUACUUUUACAAAAUAUGCUUAGUAGAUAAUUUCUUUGUA